AUGUUCACGGAACAGGCGGUGGUGCAUGCCUCUCAGUCAAUGACAUCGUUGACAAUGAAUAUGACCACAAAUACCAAUAAUACGUCAGUAGGUUCACCCAGUCAUCAUCAUCACCAUCAUCAGUACAAUGACUUUAAGGGAUCAUCCAUUAACCAAGCAAAUAUAAAUCACAAAACAACAACACAAUCUCAGACUCUCCAACAACAACAACACAAUGCAUUCGCCUCACAUUCCCAUGUCCAUCAUUCUCAUGCACACACUCAUGCUCCACCCUCAAUUCAUCAACAACAACAACAAUUAAAUUAUGCCGCCAAACAACAUUCGUACACCUUACCAUCCUCCUUACCGACCACAACGACUAUGGAGAGCACAACAACAACAACAUCGUCCAUGUUUGAUAUAUCCCACAAUUUCAAUUCCAACAUUGAACACUGUUCAUGUGGCCUUUCCUUUAAAGUCGAUCGAAAUACAAAUAAUCUUGCAAUGAUGGGUACCACUUCGACAUCCCUGUUGAGUUUAAAUAAUCAACAUUAUCAGUAUAACAACGAUAACAGUACCACACGUUCACUGGAAACCAGCAGCUCCGUUGCUCUGCUCGACAGUAGUCAGAGGCAAUCGCACUUGAGUAAAUCGCAUCACCAUAAACAGCAGCAUGCUCGACAUUGUCAUCAUAGGCGUCACGAUUCACACGAUUAUGCUGUGCCACAAUUGUUACAAUACCAACCAACUGAACCGCCCGAAAUUCAUACACAUGAAUAUUUUUCUCAGGAGUCCCAGGAAUCGCUGACAACCAAUACGGCCACAAUGGCUUUUAGUCCUCAUGCUACUACUACUACGCAGCCACAGCAACAGCAACAACAACAGCAGCAGUCACAGCCUCAUAGUUGUCAUCGUCAUUCACAUGUCCAUGCCCAAACGGAUUUUAGCUAUGGCCAACGAUGA